AAUUGCCAAAAACCAAAGAUGUUGUCGUGGGGAAAGGGUUGGGCGCCAGGCAGCAGUUUCAGUAUAGCAAGGCGCUGGAACCUGCUGCUGCUGACCAUCCUGGGCCUCCUGAUGGCUGAAACAUUAUUGUACAACAAUUACAGCUCUUUCUAUGGCGUUCUCCAUUGGUUCGUCGUGCCCAGAUCCUCAUUACAAUUAAAAUGGUUUAGAGAUAAUUCUACGAGACAACCAUCUGUCUACUCGCCCGGCGACAUCACUCUCUCUUGCCCGACCAUCCACCCCAGCCUGAAGGGACGGAUACAUGUCAACACGAACCCUCCUAGCCUGGAGGAACAGGAGCGGACGCACCUUGAACUUACUCUCGGGGGACGCUACAAGCCUGAGAACUGCACUGCGCGGCACAAAGUGGCUAUCAUCAUCCCUUACCGGAACCGCGCCACUCACCUGACGGCCUUCGUCCAUCACAUGCAUCCUUUUCUGCAGCGGCAGCAACUAGAGUACACAAUAUACGUUGUGGAGCAGGCAGGUAACGAUUCGUUCAAUCGAGGAAUGCUGAUGAAUGUCGGUGUCCUGGAAGGUCUCAAGCACCAGACAUUUGACUGUCUGGUGCUCCACGACAUAGACCUUCUGCCCACGGACGACCGCAACCUUUACAGCUGCAUGGACCCUCCCAGACACAUGUCCGUCGCCAUAAGCAACCAUAAUUACAGAUUGCCGUAUGGAGCAUAUUUUGGAGGCGUGUCUGCCAUCACAGCGAAGCAGUUCAAGGCCAUCAACGGGUUCAGCAAUAAGUUCUGGGGCUGGGGAGGUGAGGACGAUGACUUCUUUAACCGCGUCAGACAUCACGGCCUCAAAGUGUCGCGCUACCCAAGGAAGGUGGCCCGCUACACCAUGCUGUCCCACAAGAAGGCGAAUCCCAACCCUGACAGACUCAUAAUCCUCCGCCAGGGUAAGUCGAGGUUCAAGACGGACGGCCUCAACAGCAUUAAUUACCAAAUACUGAAGAUUGAACGACAGCGACUAUUUACCUGGCUGGUCGUGGCUCUGGAGCGGACGUGACAUUGGCCUGCCCUUUAUGCUUAUAGUAGCUUUCAAUUUGGACACGUAGCGACGGAGGAAAUACUUGUCAUCAUUUUGAACAUCAGGCAGGGUUAUGUCUGCCACCAUUAUUGUCUGUUUUUAUAUAUGUAAUGUUAAAUAUAAAAAAAAUACCCAGUUUUAUGCAGUAUUUUGCCAAGUUGUAGCAAGUCUUGCGUGAUCUUAUUUCUUAAUAUCUCCAUUUGUCCAUCGUGCUACACAUACAGCACAUCAGCUAAGUAGCGCUCGCAACACUCAGAGGUCCUUGCCACGAGUCAUACGAGUCGGAUAAUGUGAAUACUUUUUUAAUUUUUUUUCU